UAUAUCUAUGCAUAGUUUGUAUUGUAACGAAAAUGUUUUAAUUUUGCUGUUAGUUUGGCAACUCUAUGUGUAAAUCACCGAUCAUGAUCUAACUUGAACCGUGGAAAUCAGUAUGAGUUCUCAAUACGUCCUACCGAACAGCAGUCCAGUUGUGAACCUAGACUGUCUAGUUGCGUUCAACUGUCUAUCUGCAAAGGAGAAGCUGUACACGCAUUACUUAUCGAAGGCAGCAUGGCAUGGAGGUCUGGUUGUGCUAUUUCAGACAUCACCAGAGUCUCCUAUCAUCUUUGUGCUGCUACAAAAACUGUUCCGUGCACAGCCAUUAGAUGAACUGAAGAAACUAGCCCUGGGACCUGCCUGUGGUUUCAACCAGGAUGAGUGGCAGGCACUGCUUGUGUAUACAUCCGGUCUCUAUGCAAACAUGGGAAACUACAAGGGAUUUGGAGACACAAAGUUUGUCCCCGGAACACCUCAGGAUAAGUUGAAGACAUUGAUCUGGAAAAGUGCCGCUUACAUCUCAUGCCCUGAGAUGAUAGAAAAUCUGUGGAGUUGGUGUGGUAAACGCAUGUACUCUCUAGCUGAGAAGGAGUUGCAGCUCGGACUCGGGGAUGAGGGUACAACAACCUACUUCUCUGCAAACUGCACAAUGGAGGAUGCCAAGCUUGUGCAGAAAUUCCUGGAUGCAAAGGCCAUCAGUCCAUACAACAGCCGUGUAUUCAAAACGAUCAACGAUGGGAAACCGCAUUAUGAUGUCAGGCUGGCAUCUGUAAACACUCCCGAUCUUGUCGAGCAGAGCGAGACAGCAGACAGAGUGAACCAUCUUGGGGCGAGUGAAUUUGAAGGAACUUCGUUCUCUGUUUCAUGUGGCGAUUAUUCUGCUCUUAUGGCGUAUGUCGCUACCAACCUUAAGAAGGCCAAGGAUCACGCAGCCAACGAGACAGAGGAGGCAAUGCUGCAGAGCUACAUAGAUAGUUUCACUACGAGCUCGCUGCAGGCACACAAGGAUGGCUCCCGACUUUGGAUUAAAGAUAAAGGACCCAUCGUGGAAACGUAUAUCGGAUUCAUUGAGACUUACAGAGAUCCCAUCGGAGUGCGAGGAGAAUUUGAAGGUUUUGUUGCCAUCGUCAACAAGGAGAUGAGUCAGAAGUUUGCUAGUCUGGUAGAAAAUGCAGAAACAUUCCUUCCCAUGCUGCCAUGGGGCAAUGACUAUGAGAAGGACAGGUUUCUACGGCCAGACUUCACGUCAUUGGAUGUGGUGACGUUCAGUGGCAGUGGCAUUCCUGCUGGCAUCAACAUCCCUAACUAUGAUGAAAUUCGGCAGAAUGAGGGGUUUAAAAACGUGUCGCUAGGCAACGUUCUCAGUGCUGGAUACAAAGAAGAGAAAGUCACGUUCCUUUCAGCAGGAGAUGUGGAGUUGUACAAGCUGUUGAAGGCGCCUUCAUUCGAAGUUCAGGUGGGCCUGCAUGAGCUGUUGGGUCACGGCAGUGGCAAGCUGUUCUCUGAGAAGACAGAUGGCAUUCGCAAUUUUGACUCAGAGAAGAUUAAGGACCUGGAAACUGGGGAAAAGAUCAGUAGCUGGUAUGCACCAGGGGAAACCUACGACUCAAAAUUUCAAGUGAUCAGCUCUACAUAUGAGGAGUGCAGGGCAGAAUGCGUUGGACUGUAUCUCUGUUUAGAACCCUGCAUCCUAAAAAUAUUUGCACACGAAGGUGAUAAGGCACAGGACAUCAUCUAUGUGAACUGGUUAAACAUGGUGAGAGCGGGAGUGCUGGGACUCGAGUUCUACACUCCUAAGACGAAAAAGUGGCGGCAGGCUCACAUGCAGGCGAGAUAUGUCAUCCUGCGUGUCCUUCUUGAAGCUGGCGAGGGAUUAGUGUCUGUAACGAAGACCAAUGGAGAGGAUGGGCAACCAGACCUGCUGGUAUCACUCGACAGAAGUAAGAUAAACAGCGUCGGCAAGGCUGCCAUUGCCAAGUUUCUGCAAAGGCUUCAGACGUACAAAUCAACGGGUGAUCUGGUGCGCGCAGAGGCAAUGUAUGUGGCAUAUGCAACGGUCAGCGAUGAGGGGGACACGCCCUUCCUCUGUUACAGGAGCAUCGUGAUGAAUCGGAAGCAGCCACGCAAGCUGUUUGUGCAGCACAACACCUCGGUGACGAGUGAUGAAAGUUCAGUAAACAUAUCAACGUAUGAGUCAAGCCCUGAAGGCCUCAUCCAGUCAUUCAUCGAAAGAUUCACAUCUACUGAUGUUGAUGAUGCCAUAAUUGAUCUUUGGAAGAAAGACCAACCCAAUUUUCCAACUGAAUGAGAGAAGUGUGUAGAAUAAUAUAAAAGAUAACACAAAAUGCUGAAACAAUAGAAUAGAAGAAUUUGAUCAAUAUAAACAUGACAUCCUUAAUAGUUUUCAUCUCACAAAUUUCCUGAAAAUCCAAUGGAUACGGAAUUUCAUGUUUUCACAUGGUGAUUUGCAUAUGGUAAUAUCGUUAUGCAUGAUGAACACUCAAGUUAAGUAUAAAUUAUCCUGCAUUUCUUUUCAUAUUUACUUGUGAUGUGGUCAACUGAGUGCACACCUGCUAACUCCUUUUUGAGUAAAAGCAGUAAAUACAUGGCAAUAACUUGUGUGACACAGUUGCAUGUUCGUGCAACAGAUUUGCAUGUCAGCUAGGGUGAUAUCUGGUGUGUAGCCCAAUGAAAUUUUGUUUAGUAAUGAGGCAAUAAAGGGCCAUCCCCUCGUCUCGUGUGACGUCCCUACUAGAAGCGUCCAUGUCAUAAGCGAUUGUUACUACUUGUACAAUGUGGAAACUGUAUAAAGCAAUCGAAAUAAAAAAAUUGGUAGGAGGUAGAUAACUUCUAAAAUCUGUGGGUUUGCAUGGCAGGUAUGUGUUAUCAUUGUUUGAUAAUGAUCUAGAAUUAAAUAAAUAGAAAAAUCUUCCAAUA